AAUGUAGAGGAAAUUCCUGCACUUCGACGUCGAGCUCCUCGAGCACUUUCUUGCGUUCGUUAUUCUCUCUCGGUCUCUUCUGUGUCUCCCUGAGCAAUCUUGCUCGUUUCCUUCGGGAAAAUUACACUCUUUUUUUUCGCCAUUCGUUCGAAAUACCAGCAUAGACCAAAAAUGCUCGAAGAUCUCGAAGUUCACGCACGGGGCAUGCAUCGCCGCCUCAAGGCCCGGUUCAGCCCUACGCAGCUGUUUACUAUUACCCCGGUAAACGAGCCUACGAACACUCCGGCACCUACCGAUCCCCCUGCUAAUCCGCCUGCUAAUACUCCUGCUGCAACUUCUGCUCGUGAGUGGACUUUGACGUCGCUACGCGCUUGCACGAGGCACGGACGUGUGCUAUGCCCGUGUUAGACCGUGUCGACCCUGCAGAACUGUACUGACGCAGUAUUGGUAGCUGCCGCGGUCGCACCGGGCCCAGCUUCCCCGCCGGCUACUUCUGCGGCCUCCAGCCAAGCUCCUGCUACGACCCAUGCUCAGAGCACCAGUUCCACGACUGCUACGACUGCCACGCCCUCCCCGUCCGCGACGUCCUCAAGCAGCUCGUCGUUGUCUUCGUCAUCUUCGUCGCCCUCGUCGUCCUCCACGUCCUCGUCCAGCAGCUCCUCGAAGACCGGUAGUUCAUCGAGCACCCUCGCUACACCCUCUCCUACGCCCGUAUGUGAAGCGCUCA